UUCGCUGCGCGUGCUGGAGGGAAAACCGUCUAGGCUGAGGGAAACGACAAAAUGAAGAAGUACAGGGUUUAAAACAAAGCCAAACGUGAUAAAAUACAUUAAUAACAACAACAAAAUCAUAAAGAAAAGAAGAUUUGAGCGGACAACUACCAGCGGACGCAAUGUUUGUGGAUAUUCAGCGACUUAUUUUUUACCUCAGAUUUUCAAAUAUUGAAAAGUGUCGCGUGCACUAACGGUCAUAACGGAUUCUAACGGUCGUAACGGUCUUUAAUUAAAAGUUAUCAGCGAAGCGUCGGACAAUCACUGGAUAACAGCGAGUUUAUUGUGAUUAAUGGUGUUAACAAAUUGCUUUAGUGGUUAUAAAUUGUACAUUUAGCUUUUAUUUGGUGUUUGUGAAGGGUUUCAGGAUUGAAGGAUGGGAACUUUAAUGGCGCUAUACAGAGUUGAGCUGUGAGGAUGCUGUAAGUGAAGCUGAAGCAUCACUGGAUCGCGUUUCACCCCCGUUUUUUAUUUUAUUUAUUUUAUUUAUUCUUUCCUUCUUUCUUUUCUUUUUUUUCCUGACUCUGAGGGGAAGUUUUAGCCCGGGUUUUACCCACCAUGGUGCGGCGGCUCUGGACUGUGCUUGUCAUUCUUGGACUACUUAGAGUUACAGAGAGCCGAAUCCCAGAGAGUCUCCAGCGUUACUCAUUUUCACCCACGUACCUGCCUGUUCAAUACCAGCUCAUCAACACAGAGUCCUCAUUCUUCCUUAAGGAGGCCACCCAGGACUUCAUGCGCAACUCAAGCUUUCUCUCCCGUACCGAGCCGCUGUUUAUCCAACAGGCGAGGAAACCCCCGAGCCUCCGAGCCAGCUACGGUGCGCUCUUUGUGGAGCAGCCCGUUCCUCUGGAGCUCCUUCAGCCUUCAGGCUCCAUGAUGGCCUCCUCAACGCUCUUUACCUUCAACUGGAAAGUCCAAACAUUCAUCCUCAGAGAGAAAAUCCACCUGGACAAGCCCAACAUCCAGGUCCUGUUCUACAUAGCCGGGAGGGACUGGGACGACUACAGCAUUGUGGAUAAACUGCCCUGCCUGCGCAUGUUCGCCUUCCACGAAACGCAGGAAGUACGUGCAAUCUGCAGGUUGCAAGGAGAGCUGGGAGCUUGCGUGGCCGAGCUGGAACCUCCUGCGUCAUGGUUCGCUCCACCCAGCGUGGUUCCGGGCCGCCAGAAAAGCUCGGAUCUUACAGAAGGAAACCAAGUGGCUCUGUAUUACUCUCUAACGUCUGCACAGAACAGCCAGUGCCUCGGCAAGGAUUCAGCAUCCAGGAAUCCAGGACAGCCGGGCCAGGAGGAAUCGUUCGGAUCUGCAGCGUCCACGCCAAUGAGAAGAAUCGGAAGUGUGAGGUUGUUUCGGACUCCGGCCGUUCCGGAAUUAGCAGAACAGAGAAUGGAUGGAAAUUUUGCAGUGCUCGUGCCGUCAGCACCGGUUCGGCCGAGAGAAAGUGUGUCGGCUUUUGUCGCUGCUGCUCCGUACUCACCUGUGGAAAUGUUCACGCUCAGUUUAGCGUAGUCAAUUUGUCUUAUGCUGCUGGGGGUCCCUGAUUGCAGUCUGCGUUUGAAGACCCUGUCCACAUAGUCCGGUCAUCCCUCCCUAGCAGAACCGUGUCUGCUGCAGGCACUGCCAAUUAUGCCCGACCGGUGGCAAUGCCGAGUUUGAACCGAUGAGUUCAGAAUCUCGACGCUGGUGUGCUAGUGGAAUAUCCCGCUGCGCCAUCUGGGCGCCCUAGGAGUGGCACUAUUUAUUACAGGGAAUGUUUUAUGUACAUGGUAUUUAC